AUUCACAUUUUGGAGUACAAUCCCCUCGAGGUGUACAAACCCUACGACACCGUGAACUUGGCUAGUACUCGUCUUUGGAGCAAAGAAAUUGCUAUUGGACCUUUUCAAUUAGUUACCAGAAAGUACAAUAUUAUUUUUCCUCAAUAAUUUCUGGUCACGUUUCGCUGAGACAGCAAUCACCAGUUUAUGCCCAAUUUUUCAUAUAUUUGAUAUUUCAUAGAAAAGCGUAAGGAAAAAGAAAAAGGGAACUGAAAUGCCACUGGCAAGAUUACUCUUAUCAUCUUUCAAAAAUGGGUCUGAAGAGUCUCUGCAUAUUGUUAAACGAUUUGGUGAAUCUAAGAGAUUUUACUCUUCCAGUGCAAGGUCAACAAGAAGCAUUACACCUCCCCCUCCAUUACCUGAAAAGUCUACGUCCCCCACCCCUUGGAAAUAUUUCUUAAUUCCUGGUUCCAUCCUAGCUGGAAUUGGUGGUUUGGCUUUUUUCAUGCACUAUAAUGAUGAAAAGAGAGCAAUUCCAAAAGGCCAGGGUGUAAAGUUUGAAAGAAGUGCCAUUCAAGGGCCGAUAAUUGGUGGCCCUUUCAGCCUAAUUAAUACAGAAGGCCAGUUAGUCACUGAGCACAACCUUCUGGGGAACUGGGUUCUACUCUACUUUGGUUAUACUUCAUCUCCGGAUGUUGGGCCAGCAGAGGUUCAAAAGAUGGUCAAGUCUGUUGAUAUAUUAGAGUCAAAACAGAAUCUCAAGAUUUUGCCCAUAUUUGUCACAAUUGAUCCUCAGAGAGAUACACCUGCACAGCUUCGCGCUUACCUCAGAGAGUUCGACUCAAGGAUAGAGGGAUUAACCGGACCAGUUGCUGCUAUUAGACAGAUGGCACAAGAGUACCGAGUAUUCUUUAAAAGGGUUGAUGAAGAAGGAGAUGAUUAUCUUGUUGAGUCUUCGCAAAACAUGUACUUGAUGAACCCGAACAUGGAAGUAGUGAGGUGCUUUGGAGUUGAAUACAGAGCGGAAGAACUGACGGAAGAAAUACUCAAAGAGAUGAAGAAAACUGGAAAUUAAUCAUUCGAUAGAAUGUGGCCUAAAACUCAGCAGGGUAGGUUUAUCUUUUUCAAAUGUCAAUCCAACGAUUUUUUCCCUUCACACUGUCAAAAUGCUAAUUAGUGUUGAGUUUGAUCCAAUUUUAAUACAUCACACAUUUUGUUAUUUUUGUGUUGCCCUUUUUCAUUAUUUGAUACUGUACCUUUUGGUGACUAAUACAAAAUGGGACUUGGUACCUGCA